AUGGUAUGGCGGAUUAAGGGAGGUUUUGAUUUAUUGGACUUUUUGGGGUUUGACUACUUUCUUGUGAAGUUUGAUGUGGUUGAGGAGCGAGAAAAGGUUCUCUUAGGAGGUCCAUGGAUGAUUGAGGAAAAUUAUGUGGCAAUGAAGCCUUGGGAUCAAGAGUUUAGAUCAAGUGAAAACUGUUUUGGAGCAACUUUAGUGUGGAUUAGAAUUUUCAGAUUACCAAUUUGGUGCUACCAAGAAGAUGCAAUGCUCCGUGUUGCGGCUGUAGUUGGCAUUCCCGUUAAGGUUGAUUUGGCAACAAAAUUAGCUGAAAGAGGACGAUAUGCUCGAGCCUGUGUUCAGAUAGAUUUAGGAUUGCCAGUGACUAAGAAGAUUCUUGUUGACAGUGUUGAAUAUGAGGUUAAAUAUAAAAGUCUUCACCUUAUUUGUGACUCCUGUCUCAAGUUUGGUCAUGAUAUGAGGUGUGCAAGACUGACAGCAAUGCGGAAGGAGGAGGAACUAAUGCCAAGGGGCAUCAAUAUUGGAAAAUCAGUUAGUGUGGCUUCUUCGGGGACCCGGCACAAUGUUCAUCAUCAGCAGCAAUGUGAGACAACAAAUGGCACUGUGCGAAAGCGUCCUCGCCCAAACUCUUUGCAGAAUUCACCAGUAGAUAAGGAUGGAGCAUCGAUGGCAGGUAUGGUGCAAGUUUCGACGGAGAAAAUUGAGCUGCCACUUGAGAGUCCAUUAAAGGCAGGAUUGUCGAAGACAGGGACAACAUGUUGA